AUGAUCGGUUCAUAUGAAGAUGUAGGAGCUACUGUUGUUGAUUUUAAGAACUUUGCCAGGGAUAUUAAACAACACAUUGGGAAGCACGACGCUGAUAUGAUUGUCCAGAAAUUCAGGGAUAUACAAGAAUCUUCAAACUCGAGUUUUAGAUUUGAAUAUAGAACCGACUCGGGAAAUCAUCUCACUCAAUUAUUCUGGGCAGAUGAUGAAGGCAGGAAAAACUAUGAAGUAUUUGGUGAUGCUGUUUCUUUUGAUGCAACGUAUAGGACAAACAAGUAUGGCAUGGUUUUCAUUCCUAUUGUAGGAAUUGACAAUCACUGGAAGAGUGUGACUUUUGGGGCGAUUUUGCUUGAACGGGAAGACAACGAAAACUAUAUAUGGGCAUGCGAAUCUUUCAAGAAGGUGUUUGGUAAGGAUCCUAAAUGUAUUAUUACAGAUCAAGAUUUAGCAAUGAAAGCUGCUCUUCAGAUUUCCUUCCCACUUGUUAAGCAUCGGCUUUGUAUGUGGCAUAUAAUGAAAAAAUUUCCUUCUAAGCUAGGAACUGUUUUCUGUGCUGAAUCAGGAUUCAUGGACAAACUUGGACGAGUAAUCUGGGCAGAUCACAUAACGCCAGAUGAAUUUGAACAAGGAUGGAUAGAUGCUGUUGAUGAAUUUGACUUGAACGAGAAUGUUUGGCUAAAAGAAAUGUUUGACAUGAGAUCUUUGUGGAUUCCAGCAUACUUUAAUGAUGAACCAAUGGUAGGACUUAUGCAGACAACAUCGAGGUCAGAAAGUUCUAAUUUUUAUUUUGGAAAUUAUGUCCAACGAGGUGAUACACUUUCAGAGUUUUACAUAUGCUAUCAGAGUGCAAUUGAAAAACAAAGGAACAACGCUAAGAAACUGACACACUAUGAUGACUUCACACCAAAAACAAUUACAGACAGAGAGAUUGAAAAAGAUGCGAUAAGACUUGACACAAGGGAUCUGUUUUACAAGGUUCAAGAAGAGAUAAGAGCUGGUUGUAUGGAUAUUAUCCUAUUGGGCAUGACUUGUCUGGACAAUGUGAAGAAAAUAAAGAUCCAAGAACCAGGGAAUAGAACCAGGAUUUUUGAGGUUGAACUUAACAUGGAAACACAUUUUAUUGAAUGUUCGUGCAAACUGUUCACCAGGGUUGGCUAUCUAUGUUCCCAUGCCUUUUUCUUCCUUGGUAUUUGUGGAAUUAGAAUAAUACCGCGACAGUAUGUCUCAAACAGAUGGUUGAAGAACGCAGUUGAGCGCUUCAGCACACUUGAACUUGGAGAAAUAUCUGAUAGAGAUGCAACAAUUUUAUCUAGGCGUGUGCAGACACAAGAUUGUUGGUUUGAGUUCCAAGGCUGCCUAAGCGACGCAUCUGGUAAUGCUGAUGUUUUAGAGUAUAUUAAAAACGGACUUUCUAGCAUGAGGAAACACAUAACAACAACAAUGAAGAAACCAAGAACUCGAUUAAACUCAGAGAAGAUCGAAGAAUUAAUAGAUUCUCAUGUUGUCAAUGAGAUUACAAUACACAAUCCUAACAAAAGCAACAACAAGGGCAGCAGGAAAAGAAUCAUAUCAGGAGCAGAGAAAUCAAUUGGGUGCAACAAUAGGAAAAUGAGGAAAUGUGCAACUUUUCAGGUUUAUGCUUAUCAUGAUUCAAGGACUUGUCGUGAGAAGACUUAA